AUAUUGCACAUCAUAUCUCUGAAAGGGAGUUAAUCUCCAACAUAUAUAAGAAUUCCUACAAUUCAGUUGUAAAACAAACAUGGGCUAAGAACUUGGAUAGAUAUUUCUCCAAAGAAGAUACACAAAUGGCCAAGAAGCAUAUGAAAAGAUAAGCUAAUCAUCAGGGAAAUGCAAAUCAAAACCAUAGUGAGGUAUCACCCCACACCUGUCAAGAUGGCUAUUUAUCAGAAUAGAUAAGUGUUGGUGAGGAUGUGAGACACUGGAACCCUUGUGCACUGGUGCUGUGAAAGGAAAAUGGGGCAGCUUCUUUGGAAAACAACGAAGUUUCCUCAAAAAAAAUAAAAGCACUAUGAUCUAGCAAUCCCACUGCGGGGUCUUUAUCCAAAAGAAUUGAAAUCAACACCUCAAAGAGAUACUAGGACUCCUGAGUUUUAAAAAUUUCUCUCAAAGUCUCUGCCACCCAGCUCCCCACAGCACAGAGGUCCCCGUCACUUUUAAACCCCAAAAUAAAACCUCACCGUCCCCCCCCUCAACCAGCUGAUCCCAGGCACCUCACUACUUGUCCCAAACUGCCUUCCAGGGACAGAAUUUUGCCCCCUGCCUUGGGGGGGCGGGGGUGUCUCAAGUCAGGCCCAGUCCCAGGAGAAGUUGCCCAGCGACCUGCGGGAGGUCCAGGCACGCCCGGCCGUGCGGAAAUCUACCCUUCAGGCGGCCGCGCUGCCCAGAGCAGCGUGACGUGGGGGCGCAGCCGGACUCCAGACUCGCCGCGCACUCCCCCGCGCCUGGCUUCCCUGGGCCGCCGCCAGUCCUGCUCCGCCGCCGGGGGGCGGAGCGUGGCCCUUUUUGGUCCGGGCAGGCGUGGCCGCGGUCCCGGAGGUUACUCAGCCUCCCGGCUGGCUGCUGUCACUGGCGCCCUGCGCCUGGCUCAGCUCGGCUCGCAGGUUUCCCCGCGCGCACCCGGGCUGCGCCCCCGCCCUCUGGAGCGGCAGCGGCAGUGGGCAAACCCCUUCCUCCAUCCCCCAUCAGAGAGACCACAUGGAGCCGGGGACCACCUGCCCGUGCAGGGGCCCCCUGCCUCGCCUCCAGGUGUGGACCUGGAUCGAGCCCGUGGUGGCCUCCACCCAGAUGGCCGCCUCCCUCUACGACGCGGGGCUGCUCCUCGUGGUGAAGGAGUCCUCCAGAGUCGGGGUCUCGUCCAACCACAGCGCCAGCCCAUUGCCCCGGGGGGCUCUAGAGAACCAACAGCAGAGAGCCAUCUCCAACUUCUACAUCACCUACAACCUUGUGAUGGGCCUGACGCCCCUGCUGUCGGCCUAUGGGCUGGGCUGGCUCAGCGACCGCUACCACCGCAAGAUCUCCAUCUGCAUGCCUCUGCUGGGCUUCAUGCUCUCCCGCCUCGCGCUGCUGCUCAAGGUGCUGCUGGACUGGCCCGUGGAGAUGCUCUACGGGGCGGCGGCGCUCAACGGGCUGUGUGGUGGCUUCUCGGCGUUCUGGUCGGGGGUCAUGGCCCUGGGAUCCCUCGGCUCCUCGGAGGGCCGCCGCUCCCUGCGCCUCAUCGUGAUUGACUUGAUCCUGGGCUUGGCGGGAUUCUGUGGGAGCAUGAUCUCUGGGCACCUCUUCAAGCAGACAGUCUGGAACUCCAGCCAGGGCCUGGUGCUGACCGCCUUCAGCGUGAGCUGUGCCACCUGUGCCCUUUUCUACAGCCUCUUUGUGCUGAAGGUCCCUGAGUCCAAGGCCAGGCCCAGCAAGGCUGGGGAUAUGGUGUCUGGCACAGUCAGCACCUAUAACACCCUGGAUCUUGAUCUGACAGACGAGCAGAGUGUAGUGAGGCACCCUUCAUCUCCUGCAAAAGCAAAGCCCAAGAAAACCAUUAUUGCCCUGCUCUUUGUGGGUGCCAUCAUAUAUGACCUGGCAGUGGUGGGCACGGUGGACGUGAUACCCCUUUUUGUGCUGAGGGAGCCUCUGAGUUGGAACCAAGUGCAGGUGGGCUAUGGUAUGGCUUCAGGGUACACCAUCUUCAUCACCAGCUUCCUGGGCAUCCUGGUCUUCUCCCGCUACUUCCAGGACACCACCAUGAUCAUGAUUGGAAUGGUCUCCUUUGCGUCUGGAGCCCUCCUCUUGGCUUCUGUGAAAGAGACAUACAUGUUCUACAUUGCUCGGGCCACCAUGCUGUUUGCUCUCAUCCCCAUCACAACCAUCCGAUCGGCAAUGUCCAAGCUCAUCAAGGGCUCCUCUUACGGAAAGGUGUUUGUCAUCCUGCAGCUGUCCCUGGCUCUGACUGGGGUGGUGACAUCUACAGUGUACAACAAGAUCUAUCAGCUCACCAUGGACAAGUUCGUUGGCACCUGCUUUGCACUCUCCUCCUUCCUCUCCUUCCUGGCCAUCAUCCCGAUUGGCAUCGCGGCCUAUAAGCAAGCCUCAUGGUUGCAGCAUGGAGACAUCGCAGAGAAAGGAAGGUGCUUAUCUGCAGAAGCCGGAAACACCAGCAAUGGCUAGGUCUCUCUGAAGACCAAGAAAGGGAACAGGAACUGGUAACCAAAGUAACCCAUUGCUCAAGAAACCCGAGUUCCAGCCAGAGUCAGCCUCAGAGUGACUUGCUCUGGCUCAAGAGUCCCUGGUGGGUAGGGAAAAGCAUUUUCCUGGUGAUGGAGAAACUUUCUCAGCUUUCAGACAUCACUAUCAGUCAGAGGUUAGGUUCUGCAGACAGUAGAGUGUGAACUUUCAAGGGUGAUACGAAGGCUGCACACACAGCCAUACCAGACACUGAAGCCCCUUUUCUUCCAGGAAUGGAAGGGCUUCAGUGUCUGGUAUGAGGGCUCCAACAUAUGGUAACUAGUCACCCAGAAGUCCUGUGUGAGAACUCAAAGUCACACUUUUUCAACAGCCUGAGGGGAAUAGGGAAGGGAUGUUUCCUAAGAACUGCCAACAGUGAAUGUCAGUCAAUAUUUUUUUAAUUAAAAUAGAAACUUGAAAAAAAGUUAGCUUUCUUCCUGGAGGCCUUGUUAUCUGUGAACAACUCCAGACAAAUCUGGAGCUUAGGCAUUUGCCUUCAGGGUAGUUUUGCUGUUAUUUUUAU